CUUUUCGGAUUUUUACACUGUGUGCAUUUUCCGGAUUUCAUCACCCGGUCUUUUUUUAUUACAUUAUCCAAUAUGGCGGCAUCCAUGAAACCGGCAAUGCUGUCAAGGUUGUGGUAAUUCAACGAUGCUUCGUUUGGUGUUCCGAGGAUGGCAGAGGCAUUGUGUACAUUCUAGAAUGUACGUAGUGUCGAAUCCCUGUAGACUUGAAGAAGGGAUGGUAAAUAAGCUUGCAACAAUAUGUGUCACUUCCAGCACACAGCUCCCUGUCAAUAUCUUCAAUUCUUCAGAGGAAUUCAUUCAUCAAGUGUGCAUUAUUCAAAGAGAGGAAACAAGAAGAGGAAACCAAUUUCCUUUGGAUCAAAAAAACUCCAUGUGGCAGAAGAAAUAUUUGUUAAGGUUCCACAGGGUGUAUCUGUUGAAGAAUUUGCAUUACUGCUGGAAAUUAAUGAAGACACAAUAAAGCAAUACUACAUGAAAACUGUUGGUGGUAGUGAUUACGAAAAGUUCAAAUCAAGGUUCCAGUCUCAACCAUCACCUGUGUUAAUGAAAUCAAUUGGUAAAUCUGUUGGAGUGACAGUGAAAGUAUUUGAGCCUCAGUCAGCUGAUCAGGUCAUACAUACUGAGGAGGAGCAGGAUGAUAAGGAUAUACACCCUCCCCCUCCCCCAGACCCCAGUGUGUUAGUGACACGACCACCUGUUGUCACUAUCAUGGGCCAUGUAGACCACGGUAAAACAUCACUGCUCGACUCUCUCCGAAAGACUAAUGUGGUGGAAAAAGAAUUCGGUGGGAUCACUCAACACAUAGGAGCAUUUUCUGUGAAACUGCCAACAGGGGAAUCCAUAACCUUUCUGGAUACUCCUGGACAUGCAGCAUUUGCGGCCAUGCGUGAACGAGGAGCCAAUGUCACAGAUAUAGUCGUCCUGGUGGUGGCAGCAGAUGAUGGCGUGAUGGAACAGACAGAGCAGUCCAUCAAAUACGCAAAAAAUGCAGGAGUACCAAUCAUUGUAGCCAUAAACAAGAUAGACAAACCUGAGGCAGACAUUGAACACACCAAAAAUAUGCUGGUACAACAUGGAAUAAUUGUUGAAGAUUAUGGAGGUGAUGUACAAGCAGUUCAAGUGUCGGCUCUUAAGGGAACAAAUCUUGAUAAACUUCAGGAGGCUAUAGCAAUACAAGCCGAAGUCAUGGAGCUUAAAGCUGAUCCUGGUGGAAAGGUCAGAGGUCGGGUCAUAGAGGCCAGCACUGAUGUUGGUAGAGGGAGGUUGGUAACAGCUGUAAUCGAGAGUGGAACACUGAGGAAAGGAGACCUUCUCAUUGCUGGUACAGCCUGGGCCAAGGUUCGUCAAAUGUUUGAUGAAAACAGAAAACCUUUAAAAGAGGCACCACCAUCGACACCUGUGGAAAUCACUGGGUGGAGAGAACUACCAUCUGCAGGGAGUGACAUACUUCAAGCUUCCUCUGAGGCAGAAAUCAGAGAUGCAAUUGCCUGGAGGAAAAACAACCAGCACAAACAAAAAGAAGAGAAGAUAUUCGAAGAAAUUGAAGAAAAACAAAGAAAACUGAGGAAUGUGUAUCUUGAAAAAAGGAAUUUAAACCGUUUGAGUGGUUAUUUUAGACGGCCACAGAAAAAAGUGAAAGAGUCUGAAGAAGACGAUACUAAUCCACAGUUGUCUCUAGUCAUUAAAGGUGAUGUUGAUGGAUCUGUGGAAGCCAUUUUGAAUUGUCUCAGUACAUACAAAUCUACCCAAUGUCGACUGGAUAUUCUUCGGUAUGAUGUUGGAGAAGUGACCACCACUGAUGUGGAAACAGCAGAAGUAUUUAAUGGUGAAAUUUAUGCAUUUAAUGUGAAAGUUCCAGAAGAUAUUCAUUCACUAGCCACAGCGAAAGGAAUUACAAUUAGGGAACACAAUGUGAUAUAUAAGAUGAUUGACGAUAUCAAAGAAACCAUAAUUUCUAGGAUCCCUGAGGAGGAAGUGGAAAAUGUGAUAGGCGAAGCAAAUGUGAUGCAGUCCUUUCCUUUCCAUGAUGGUAAAAAGCAGCUGUCAGUAGCUGGCUGUAAGUGUGUUAAAGGGAGCCUGUUGAUUUCCUCAAAGUUCAAGGUCAUGCGGAAUGGUGAGACAUUAUAUAGAGGAAAUGCAGUAUCGAUGAAACAUUUUAAAAAGGAUGUUGAUGAAAUAAAAAAGGACAUGGAGUGUGGGUUAAGACUGUCAGACGAGGGGUUUGUGUUUCUACCUGGAGAUAGCAUUGUGUGUUAUGAGUUACAGAGAGAAGACGCAAAACUAAAUUGGAAUCCGGGAUUUUGAUGAUAAUAUUUUUUAGUCAAAUAUUUUUUUUUAUGAACUAAGUGUGAAAAUGUGAAAUAAAUUAAAAAGAACAGUGGGAA